AAGUCAUGGGUAAAAUUUCAGAAGAUUUAUGGAAUACCAUCAGAACUGGUGACGGCAUUCAAACUGAGAUAACCCAAACUGUUCAAUCAGUUUACAAUAAGUUAUUGUACCCACAACUAAAUGAAGCUGGUGAAUCAUCCUCUAAUUCAGAAUUGCAGCCUGCUCCGAAUGGCAUUGAAACUAACGGACAUAGUGCUGCGUCAGACAGUGUUAUUGAUGCCACAGUUUCUGUUGAUGCGGAGCCAAAUGAACCUCCUGGUUUUGCCCGAUUAGGUUCAGACCGGAACAGCAAAAGUAACUGUUCAAAUCAGAUCAACAAAAGUAACCAUAAGGAAUCACCCAAAGAGAAGUCAGGAGUUCCUGUUCAUGCUGAUGGAAAAGCCAGAGAAACUAAUACUGAGUCGGAGACGAAUUGCGCCCCCGAACUAUUCGGCGCCCCCGAACUUUUGGUGCCUGACAGUAUGGAUGUGGAUGCACCACCUGGGUUUGCUAUUGUCACGAAGGAGAAGAAUCUAGAUGAUGUUGAUGAUGAAGAUCCUGACGUGCCUCCAGGAUUUGGCUGAUCGCUUAUUAAUUUAUUAUACUUCUAGUUAUAUUUUUUGGAAAAGGUUAGCCGAUUCAGUUGGUCAUUGUCGUAUCAAGUUCAAACAGCUCGUGUUGACACUUACAGAGAGUACUUUACGUUGACUGCGCCGGCUAGCAGCUCAUGACUUCUCUUUCUUCAAUUUCCCAAGGAAUUGAUGCUGUGGAUUGGACGAAGGAAAAAUUAGUUGCUCACACCAAUUGGCAAGAAGGUAUCCUUUGUAAAUGCAUUUGCGUGAUUUAUUAAGCAAUUUAUUUUUUCCUCUUGGUUAAAAAGAUACUGCAUUAUGCCCCGGUGAGGUGCCACUUUUCUCUUACGGAUAAUUAUACUAGAUAUGGCACAAAUACUAUUCUUGCACUUGUCUCCUGUGAUAGUCCGAAACAUUUACACAGUAAAUCUUUGUAGGAGCAAUGUAUGUUAAAGCUGCAUUGUUAAACUUAGAGAGAACACUUCUAUUUACUUAAUAAUAUCGCCGACAUGCUACGUGAGAGCUUGAUUCUUUUUGAUGGUCCAAGGACAUGGAAGUUCUUUGAUGAAGGGUGGCAGUGAGAUUUAAACUUAAAGACCUCUAUGUGUUUUGGUACAAAUUGUGUGACCGCCUCAUGUCUUAAAAGCUUAAACUGUCGGAAAGGACACACUUCUGGUUACUUAAUUAUAUCAUUCAGUAUAUACUUUCUCUUUUGUUCUGUUCCUUGCUACAUGAGGUGAUGACAUUUUAUUGACUAAUUAAGUCUAUGGAUAUGCAGGUAUAUAACACUAACUUUAGGUACAGGAUGUGUUAUUUAUUGUUUUUAGAAAUUCAAUCAUGAUGGUUGGAAUUCGAAAUUUGGUUCGUUUGUCUGAACACUCUUGUAAUAUGAUUCGAUUUUUUGCGGCAUGGAAAGUUAGGCUUUUUCGAAGGUCUAUCGGAAACAGCCUCUCUACCCCUACAAGGUUCUACCCCUACAAGGUAGGGGUAAGGUCUGCGUACACACUACUCUCCCCCGACUCCACUUGUGUGAUUACGGUGGGUAUGUUGCCGUUGGAAAGUUAGGCUUUUGCAAUUACUUGAUCUAUUUUUAGUUUUGGCAGUUUCAUUAAAGCAUUGUAUUACCAUUUUAGUUGUUAAUGAAAUAACUGUCAUUUAAUUGUGUUACUAGGUGUAUUUUUCUCA